GGAAACAUUAUAUUGGAUUAUAUAAGCGAGCCCAAAGGGGUUACAGGUUAUCAUUUCAAUUAUAGCUUUUCUGGAGUGUGCAGUUCAAAUCUCAAUAGGAAUUUAGCAACAUGUUCCGAUUCCUGAUUGUAACCGCCCUGAUUGCCACGAGCUUUGCUCGCAGCCUCUCAGAAUCGGAAGCUCAUGCCAGCAUCCUGUCCUACAACAACGUCCUGCAAGACGAUGGUCACUACAACUGGGCGUUCGAAACCAGCAACGGAAUUGCAUUCCACGAAGAGGGACUCGGUGCUCACCAAGCCAAUGGAGCUUACUCUUACACCGGCCCAGAUGGCGUCCAGUACCGUGUGAUCUACGUUGCUGAUGAAAAUGGAUUCCGUCCAGAAGGAGCCCAUCUGCCAACUCCUCCACCAACCCCGGAACAUGUGAUCAAGUCUCUGGAGGAGAUCCGUGCCAACCCACCCAAGGAUCAGAAGGACUUCAGCCUGGAAGCUCUGGAUGCCACCAUCCGACGACUGAAGCAAUAAGUUCAUCCGCUAUCAGUCAAAUGGACAAUUCGUUAUUAGUGCAAUCGUUAUUUACUGUAUAGGUAGCUCAAACCGUUCAAGAAUAAAUCAAAUUCCUAAAUUGAAAA